AUGACACUGGAAGACGUUGUAUCAGAACUUCUUGCUCUCAAGGUUCAGGUCCUGCAAAACAAAAAUCACAUGCACGAGGAGAUCGCCAGUGCCUUGAACAGGAGCCACGAACUCCUACACAGGAACGGACACGGGAGGACCCGGACCUCGCGGAGACAGCUUCGUCUCGUUAUGACCCACUUACAGACACUCAGUUCGGAUAUACGACAACUCCAUUACCAGACAGUAUACAUGAGGAAAGGGUUUGAACUCGCGCUAAACGACACUAGGGCUGACCUUGGAGGGAGAUUCGAAGGCGUUCUCGGUUCAAUGUCGAACAUGUCAGGCGCUCUGGAAGCCAUGACGUCACGCGUCGGUGCUUUGGAGUUCGGCAUGCAGAAGGCUGGUAUAGAUCUGCCAACAACAGAACCAGUUGUGUCCAUGCGGGCUGUCCGUCCAGUAGUUACCUCUGUUCGUGGAAGGACGACAGUGUUGGGCUGCAUUUGGAGUGUGUCUGGAAUUGACCAAACAAACAUUUCUUUGUCAUGGUCAAAAGUAGGCGGGGUAUUGUCACCUGGAUAUGUGGAAGAGAGAGGAAGUCUGACUAUAUAUGAUGUAGAUUACAGCGAUGGCGGCAUAUACAAGUGUCGUCAUGACAAACAAGGCGAUGACGUCACAUCGGCCACUGUGGAACUUGUCGUGAAAGUACCGUCCUUGACCAUGAAGACCAAGAGAGACGAUAUAAUAGUAUACCGAGGUAGUAAGGCCGUGCUGGAGUGCGUCAUCACCGGUGACGUAAUUGUCGCUGCACCUAUAUACUGGACACGCUCGAAUGGAGUACUUCCCGUCCAGUCUUCCAAUAGAGACGGACGCUUGAUUAUAGAUGACGUGGUGCUAAAGGACGCCGGAACUUAUGUUUGUGACGUCAAUAUAACGGAAGUUGUAGUGAACCCAGGCGUAAUCACACUCCAGGUGAAGAAAGAGCCAAUGGUGCGCGUGAGAUUGGUUGGAGGUUUGGAACCUUACGAAGGGCGCGUUGAGGUUUUGUAUCGGAACCGUUGGGGGACAGUUUGUGACGACGGCUGGGACAACGCUGAUGCAAGCGUAGUGUGUCGAAUGGCAGGCUUCACGUUGGGUGGAGUAGCCAAGACUAAGGCCUUUUACGGAACCGGAAGUGGAACCAUAUGGCUAGAUGACGUGAAUUGCACGGGCACAGAAGACACGUUAGAAGAUUGUGUCUCGAAUCCAUGGGGAGACCACUCUUGUUAUCAUCAGGAGGACGCAGGAGUCCAGUGUAUUGUUGAUCUCCCUUUCUUUCAAGGAUUACGGUUGUCUGGUGGACGGUUGCCUGGAGAAGGUCGAGUAGAAAUAAGCCGAUUCGGGGUGUGGGGCAGCCUCUGUGACGAGGGAUGGGACGACAGGGAUGCAACCGUUGUUUGUAGGAUGAUGGGUUUUAACUUCGGUGGGUAUAGGAACAGACCAGGACUUUACGGAAUCACUGACACACCAGCAUGGAUGACAAAUAUUCGUUGUCAUGGGGACGAGCCAGACAUUUUUCACUGUGGACAUCGUGGAUGGGGGCCUCACGUCUGUCCCAAUGACAACCACGCGACGGUCACGUGUGCAUGA